CAUUGCAUUAUUUGUUUUGUACAGAUCCACCCGCAGCGCGGUGAUUCGAUUUGGGAACCGUUAACCGGCAGUUUUUAACUUAAUUUAAUUUUAAUUACAAGUGUUUUCUGUUGUAGCUGAAUAUAAUUAGAUUAAAUUUAAUAAAAUAAAUAAAUUAAUAAAUAUGAGUGUGAAUAAUGUAUCUUCGGAUAUGAUCGGCAGUUGCGUCGACCCCCAAACAAAGUUGCUCACACAUGUAUAUCGCUUCUCUAUAUAUAAUGCCAAAUGCAAAAUGAUCUUGAGGGUCAUAUCCUAUGGCGCUAGCAUCUACUCCCUAGAUAUGCCGUCUGCUAAUAAGACACCAACAGAUGUUGUUCUUGGUUAUAACAGUCUCAAUGAAUAUACGGACGGGCCUAAUCAUUAUUUUGGCGCCACCAUUGGGCGGGUGUGCAAUGUCAUUUCCAAUUCUCAUUUCUACAUCUACAACAGGCACAUAAGGCUUACGCGAAAUUUUGGUCCACAUCAUCUGCACGGUGGCAGAUCUGGUUUCAAUAAGAUGUGUUGGAAACUAUUACACACGCAUUCCGAUGGUGUCACUUUUUUUCAUAUUUCACCUAACGGUCACGAGGGCUAUCCGGGUGAAUUAUAUUGCACCGUACGUUACUCGCUAAGCGACAAUGGUUCCGUAGCUAUUAAUAUGACAGCAACAACAAAAAUUACGACAGUGGUCAAUAUGACAAACCAUACAUAUUUUAAUCUGGCCGGCCAUACUGCUGGCAAAGAGGGCCUCUAUCAACACCAUGUCACGAUCCUUGCGAACGAAAUGAUCCAAACAAACAGCGAAAAGAUUCCCACUGGCAUUAUUCUUCCAGUGCGUUACACUCCUUUUGAUUUUCGCUACGGAGAGCAUUUAGGCAGAUGUAUGCGAGAAUUACCGCAAUCUAUGGAUGGUUACGAUCAAAACUAUUGCGUGUCACGAACUGGUAAUAACUCUAACGAAGUGACACUUGCAGCCAGAGUCGUCCAUCCACCAUCCGGCCGUUGGAUGGAAGUUUUCAGCAAUCAACCAGGCCUACAAUUCUACACCGCCAACAAUUUACCCAAUACUGAAUUGGGCUCGAGACCACUCAAAGGGAAAGGGAGUGCACGAUACGUCAGGCACGGUGGAUUCUGUAUGAUGAGCCAAAAAUUUGCCGACGCACCCCAUAACUACACAUUUCCAUCGAUCAUGUUGAAGCCUGGUGAAAAGUACGAGCAUGUCGUUAUUUAUAAAUUUGGUGUUAGCACAAAUAAACCACCUGCACCCCUGCCGUUAGUUAUGGACACAGGCCCCUCAACUUCUGCCGCAGCCCGUGCUCGCACCUUAUUCACCCAACCCACAGGUGCAAUACCCAAGAUACCAAAAAUUACUAUUGUUCCGGGGCCCCCAACCGAGGAAGCGCCAAGACGUCCAAAACGCAUAAAAAUGGUGUCGCAAAUUGUCCAAACCGAUUUAUCCGGAGGUAUUCCAGACGACGUGAAAUUACACAAGUUAACACCCGAACAAUUGCAAGCCGAUCCCCGACCCCGGCAUUCUGUCGUCGAUAGCGAAGAAUCGGAAACUUCUAACGAAAGUUGUACAAGAAAUUCACCCAAAGGUGUCACAGCCGUAAUAAUUAGAAAAAAAGCUCCACUCGAGGUACCUCAGAAUACUAUAAUGGAAGUAACCGAAGAAGAAUAUGAUGAGGAAGAUUCCAUAACUGAUUCAUCCAUAAGUUUAACACAAACUAAAAAAAGGAUCACGCAUCCAACAUUUCCGUACACAGUGGCAAUAGGAGAUUCUGACGAAGAUCCCGUAACUGAGAUGAUCGAAAUUGUCAUACCUCGUAGAGCCAAGUUAGCUAAGGCCGAGGCAUCUAAAGCCGAGUCACCUAAAGCCGAGUCACCUAAAGCUGAGUCAUCUAAAGCCGAGUCACCUAAAAACGAGUCAUCUAAAGAUGUCUCAAUGGAGGUAUCCGAAGAUGAGCCAACAGAAUUUUCCGAAAGAGACCCAUCAGAGUCAUCCGAAAGUUCUCCCUUUGAGGUAUACCAAAUGACUCCUGCCAUGAUGGCCAAAAAAGACUCAAUAGAUUUAACCCGAAGGCGCCAGGCAUUGCGUAGAGACUCAACCGAUUCAGCCAAAGAAAGAAAGGCAAAGAAACGUGAAUACUAAUUUAAUAAAGAACAACAGAAAUCCAAAUCAAAUGAAGCUAGCACUGAUAUAACUACUGCCUUCCAACAGUCGCAUGUUAAAGCAUAUCUAUGAAGAGGUCAUAUACGGGUAUAUAAAUAUUUUCAAGGAACUUUUAAUGGCUUCAGACAAUUUAGGCCUCAUACAAUAAAAAAAUAUAUAUAAAAUAAUUUAA